AUGGACAUUCAGACACUCCGAUCAGAGAUCAAGGCAUGGGAAAGAGCAUACGCUGAUAAACACGGCCGCAAGCCUACGCCUAAAGAGGUCAAGGCGGACCCUAUUGCGAAAAAGUACCAUCUUUACAAUAAGUUCAAAAAGGCUGAAAGUGCUGGCACCGGUCCUUCCACCCCUAAACGGGCUUCCAAAUUACACUCGUCGUUGAACUACAAACCUGUGUCGUUUUCAGUCAAGACUCCAGAAAAACAGAUUUCCAAGAACAGACGAAGAUCUGUUUCCAAACAGCAGCAUGCCGACAUUGUCACACCCUCGCACCGGUCAUUGACCUUCUCUAAGGCCCCAGCACUGUCCAGAACACCUCAGAAACAGCUACAGGAUACUCCUAAAGCUGCGACACCCAAACCAUCCCCGAGCGUGCCGUUAGGACCUACACCUAGCAUUCAUGGAAGAGUAGUAAGUUUGCUGGAAGGACUUGAUGGCACACCCGUGAAGGAAUUUGCCACCCCCGGUAACGUUUCUACCCCAGUGAAGGUUGUUUCCAUCACCUCCGAGACGCCGACCAACAAACCAGCAUUGGAUGUCAACGACGAGUUCACCACACCUGCAUAUCUCAACCGCAUUUCUGUUGAUGUUUCUCCAUUCGAAAAACGGCUCUCUUUCGCCGAGAGAAUCAGGCAGUCUGUAGUCGAGAGUCCUAUCAAACAAAUGUCUCCUGAGAAGGAGUUGUCACCAGCUAACCAGACUGAAGAGUAUGAUGACGAUGAAGACGCUUGGCGUGAACUUGAAGGACUGCCUCCUAAGCCCAAAGAGCCUAAGAUCGUUGAUGUUACAUUCGACGGGGAGGAACCUGAUGAGCUGGACGAGAUCAUGGGAACUGUGGAGGUCCAUAAUCCUUAUGAUGAACCUGUGCAGGACGAUUUAGAUUGGGUUCAUGAAACUGCUCUUGAAGGAGAGACUGCUCUCAGUGCUCCUAUCUACAAAGAAGGUGGUAUCAAGAAACGCAAGCAUCAGACGCAGAAGCGAACCACUAAAAAGGCUAUUGUGCGAGUCGAGUCUGAACAGCACAAGAAGGCCAAGGUGGAUAACGACAACUUCUCCACCACCAACAGACUCAACACGGGAUUCAAGGUCAAUAUGGGACAGAAGCAGUGGGCCUCGAGGUUUAAGAAGUGA